UGGCGCUGCAUGUACCGAAACAAGGCAAUUCGUGUAUCGUCGUCUGCUUCGUCUCCCACCGCUUGUAUACGAGCCGACCUGCUGACAGCGCCAGCCGUAGUCAGUCUUUCUGGUGAAAACUCCCUUUGGCGUUGCCUCACGUUAUCGUAACUCAUAAAACGUUGAGAAAAUGUCGGGAAACGUAGACAUUCUCGCUCUGAAAGAGGAUGAUGUGACCAAGAUGUUGGCCGCGUGCACACAUCUUGGCUCCACAAAUGCCAACUUCCAAAUGGAACAAUAUGUGUACAAACGUCGUACCGACAGCGUACACAUUAUCAACUUGCGCCGCACGUGGGAGAAGCUUCUUCUGGCUGCACGCGCCAUCGCCGCCAUCGAGCACCCAGCCGAUGUCUUCGUCAUCAGCUCCAGGUCUUAUGGACAGCGUGCUGUCUUGAAAUUCGCCGCACACACCGGCGCUAUUCCUAUCGCGGGUCGCUUCACUCCUGGUGCCUUUACCAAUCAGAUCCAGUCGGCUUUCCGUGAGCCGCGUCUCCUGAUCGUCACCGAUCCAGCUAUCGAUCACCAGCCCAUCACUGAGGCGUCGUAUGUGAACAUCCCUGUUAUUGCCUUGUGCAACACUGAUUCGCCCCUGCGUUUCGUGGACAUCGCUAUUCCAUGCAAUAACAAAUCGCCGCACAGCAUUGGUUUGAUCUGGUGGUUGUUGGCUCGUGAGGUUCUCCGUCUGCGUGGUGAAAUCCCACGUGAGCAGAAAUGGGACGUCGUGGUCGACUUGUUCUUCUACCGCGAACCCGAGGAGGCUGAGAAGGAGGAACAGGCCGCCAAGGAGCUGCCCGCUCCCAAGGCUGAAGCGCCCGUGGCGCCAAUCGAAGCGUCCGAGGCCGCUGACUGGAACACCAACGCCGAGAACAACUGGGCCGAUGAGACCACCGGCUUGGGACCCGCAACGGUUGCACCAACUGGUGACGCUGCAUUCCCUGUCAGCGAAGACUGGGCCGUACAGGUUCAGAACGAAUGGUCGGCGAACGCUGCUACCAGCACCGCUCCGGUGGCUUCCGUCGUCGCUGCGGCGCCUGCCCAACCCACCCAGAACUGGGCAACAAACACAGAGGCAUGGCCUUAAAUGAUUUUUUGAUUAAAUGAAAAAGACUUGUCAUGAGUCAACCAUGAAUAUGAAAAAACUUCUGUAUUAUUUCCCCAUCGACGAAAAGUAGUCUGCGAUUAGCGCCCCUUAACGCUUAAUUAUGUUAUAUAUAUUUACGUUUAAUCCUGCGUUCCUGCUGUAGUUUAUAUGCACUGCGGGUUGUCUAUGGCAGAAGCAGGAAUUUUAUGGAAAUUCACUCUGCAAGCGGGAAAUUUAAACGCGGCGUGCGGCUCACAAACAAACGAAAUGAGAUUAAAAAAAGCGCACGCAUCCGACGCAGGAUAGGUACGCGCAGCCGUGUGUAAUCUGAGAGAAUCGUGUGCGCCAGGUUCCAUUGCCAUGCCUAAAAUCAAAAUUAAACAUUUUCCUUGGCCAUUGAACUCGGCGAUAAUAAUUUCGUCGUGUGUAAGUGCGUAAUACACAUGUUUAUCGGCCGUCGCUUAAUACUUAUUAUUGUUACUGUUUGGAGGACGCCGCAUUACAUUCAUAUAUUAUUCAA